AUGUUAAUAGUGCAAUUAAAUGUUAAUCAUUCACGGGCGGCGCAGGAUUUAAUGAUGCAACGCGUAAGAGAAACCGGAGCUAGUUUGGCCUGCGUGGCUGAACCACAUUCCAUCNCUAAAUCUCAGCAAUGGUUUGGGGAUUUGGACAAACGAGCGGCGAUUUACUGGUCCCCNCGAAUAGGUGGGCUAGAAGUCCGUCCGGUUGACAGUGGUAAAGGUUACGUGGCAGUCAAAAUGGGAAAGCUCAGAAUCUACAGUGUUUAUUUCCCCCCAAAUGAACGACGUUCGGACCUAGAAGAACGGAUCGAUGGCUUAACAAACAGCAUUAUGAGUACAGGCCUAUCCCCUGUAAUGGUCAUGGGGGAUUUUAACGCAGCCUCGAUUGGCUGGGGGGCAAGAUACACCAACGUGCGGGGUGAGGUUAUAGAAGAAUGGGCUGCGUCUAUGGACCUGACUCUUCUCAAUGUCGGUAGUAUUCCAACAUGCACUCGAGCCCAAGGCACGUCAAUUGUGGAUCUUUCAUGGUGUAGUUCGGACGUGGUCGGUGAAAUAAGCGUCUGGAGGGUUGCCCCAGAGGUAGAGACCUUGUCGGAUCACUCUCUCAUCGAGGUAACUGUCAGAGGAUUUGACUUGGCACGUCGUGGUUAUGCUANAGAGGAGAGACAAUCUCAUUUUGUGAGAUGGUCUAUAAACAACAUGAACUGGGACCUAUUGAAAGCAGCAUUGAUGCUGAAGGAUUGGCUGUGUCCACAACCGCUACACUGUAAUUCUGAAGAAGCGGCCACCAGGCGCAAAAUGGUGAAGUCUCGCAGACAAAGCGACAUGAUUGAUGCUGAGACUGCCAGAGUGGAACUCCGACGUGGUCAACGUACACUUAGAGCGGCUAUAGUGAGGGCGAAAGACAAAGCAUGGAAGGAGCUAUUAACAACUAUAAAAGAGGAUCCUUGGGGUAGGCCCUACCGUAUUGUUAUGAAACGAUUGAAGGGCUCGGUAAGGGCGGUCACCGAAUCGCUGGAAACUAAUGAACUAGACGUGGUGAUCAACGGCCUUUUCCCCCAACAGGCUAAUGCAGAGGGCGAGCAGUGGAUGUUUCCCUGCAUGCUGGAAAAUCGCCCGACUGGUGCUAAUCCCAAAACCUGA